UCAUCUCACUUCAUUUUUUUUCCGCCUUAUCUUUCUAUCCUCUCUCUCUCUCUCUCUCUCUCUCUCUCUCUCUUUUCCUUCGGAGUGUGUUUGCAGAUUGAUGACAAGCAACCCCAUUACGUGGAAGCCUAAGAGGAGAAGACGACGAAGAGGACAAGGUUAACUGAAUCGCCGCUUCUGUGUGGCUUCGUUCUUUCGUUUUAGUUUUUUCAUCUUUUUAGCUUUAGAGGGUAAUACAUUCUUUAAAAAAAUGGAGGUUUUGGUGGGUCCCGCUUUCACCAUCGACGUUCCUUCGUCUCCGCCGCGGGAUGGCGGUUCCGAAAAUCGGAUCUUCCUUAACGGGUCACCCGAAAAAGAUGAUGGGUCGAACUUUCGGAUCUCGGGCCCACCCAAGUUCUUCGCCGGCGGCGAGUCGGAGAGUUCGUCGUCGAUCGGAACCCCCGAUGACAGCGACAACGAGGAGGAAGAAGUGCAGAGCCAGUUGAAGAUACGAACUGGGUUGGGUUCUUUGGAUGCUAUGGAAGAUUCUCUUCCCAUCAAGAGGGGAUUGUCUGGUCAUUUUGAUGGAAAAUCAAAAUCGUUCUCAGAUCUAUCACAAGUGAGUAAUUUGAGUAAUCUGAAGGAGUUGCAAAAGCAAGAGAGUCCUUUCAACAAGAGAAGAAGGGUUUUGAUAGCAUCAAAAUGGUCCAGAAGAUCAUCUUUCUAUUCCUGGUCCAACCCACAAUCCAUGCCUCUUUUGCCUGUGGAUGAGGAUCAGGAUUAUGAUUAUGAAGAGGAAGAAGAAGAUGAAGAAGAAAAUGCUAGAAAAGUUCCCUCUGCUUCAUCUUCUUCCUCUUCCUCCUUGGCCGAGGAAAAGAAACAAGAAGAUCAAGUUCAGCUAAGAUUCAACAGAAUGCCAGAAUCUUAUGCUGCUCAUAUGAGGCUUAGACUUGGAAGCUUCAAGGCUAGAAGCUUUUCUCUUGCAGAUCUGCAAGAACAUGAUGAUGAGGAAGAAGGUGAUGAUCAUUAAAUUAACAUUUAACAUAGGGUUUUAUUUUUGUUUUAUUCUUUUGUUAUUGUGGUUGUUACUAAAUAAAAUUAAAUAGUAUUAAGUAACUGUUAAAAAACUUAUCCUUUUCUUUUUUUACUUUUGUUUUAAAAAAAUGGAUUUUGCUAAGGGGUGUACUGUGCAUAUCCUGUGGGUAUUCUAGUAAAGUUAUGAAAGCUUCUUGGUUUCAUAGAAUGACAGGAGUUCUGAGCUUUACUUUUCU